AUGGUUCAGGCUGGUGGUCAUAAUUCACUCGGUUCGGAUCCAAACCCGACCCAUAUGAACAAAUUCGCAUGCCGGUGUGCCAUUGUUGCUUCCAUCAUUUCUAUCAUCUUUGGAUAUGAUACGGGAGUUAUGAGCGGAGCUCAGAUCUUUAUAAGAGAGGAUCUGAAACUAAACGACACUAGGAUCGAAGUUUUGGUCGGAAUCCUGAAUCUCUUUGCUCUCGUCGGAUCUUUAACCGCGGGAAAAACGUCUGACGUCAUCGGUCGACGUUACACCAUUGCUCUCUCCUCCUUGAUAUUCUUAGUAGGCUCGGUUCUUAUGGGAUACGGCCCAAACUACGCCGUUUUGAUGGUCGGGAGAUGUGUCGCCGGAGUUGGUGUAGGCUUUGCUCUAAUGAUAGCUCCGGUUUAUUCCGCCGAGAUAUCUCCUGCUUCACACAGAGGCUUCCUCACUUCUCUCCCUGAGCUUUGUAUCAGUCUCGGGAUUUUACUAGGCUAUGUAUCAAAUUACUUUCUCGGGAAGUUGACGUUGAAGCUCGGCUGGAGACUGAUGCUUGGGAUCGCAGCCAUCCCUUCUUUAGUAUUGGCUUUUGGAAUUAUGAAAAUGCCUGAAUCGCCAAGGUGGCUUGUGAUGCAAGGUAGGUUAGAAGAGGCCAAGAAAAUCAUGGUUUUAGUAUCAAACACCGAACAAGAAGCCGAGGAACGAUUCAGAGACAUUUUAACCGCUGCGGAAAUAGAUGGCGAUUCAGCGGUGAAAGCGGUUGGCGGCGGCAGCGUUAAGAAGAAUCAAAGCAAAAGUGUGUGGAGAGAGCUUCUGAUAAAACCGAGACCAGCGGUGCGUUUGAUCUUGAUCGCUGCCGUGGGGAUACAUUUUUUCGAGCACGCGACCGGGAUCGAGGCUGUGGUGUUGUACAGCCCGAAAAUCUUCAAAAAAGCCGGAGUAGUUUCGAAAGACAAGCUCUUGCUUGCCACGGUCGGUGUAGGUGUAACUAAGGCUGUUUUCAUAAUAUUAGCUACUUUCUUGCUAGACAAGGUAGGUCGGAGAAAGCUUCUUUUGACUAGCACAGGUGGGAUGUUUUUAGCGUUGACGAGUUUAGCGGUUAGUCUCACGAUGGUUCAGCGUUACGGGCGGUUAGCGUGGGCGUUAAGCUUGAGCAUCGUCUCCACGUACGCGUUUGUAGCGUUUUUCUCGAUCGGGCUUGGGCCAAUCACGUGGGUGUACAGCUCGGAGAUAUUCCCGUUUAGACUUAGGGCUCAGGGAGUGAGCAUAUGCGUUGCGGUUAAUAGGAUCAUGAAUGCGACUGUGUCAAUGAGUUUUCUUUCGAUCACAGAGGCGAUCUCGACGGGCGGUACGUUUUUCUUGUUCGCUGGACUCGCGGUUGUAGCAUGGUGGUUCUUCUUCGUUAUGUUGCCGGAGACUAAAGGAUUGCCAUUGGAGGAUAUGGAGAAGCUUUUUGGUGGUGGUGAUGGAGAAGGACUAGAGAUUCAAACUAAGAGAGUCAAUAGUUAG